AGGAAAAACACUAAAGGGGUAGCUAUGGAGAUGGAGCGUUUUCCUGGCUGCUUUCUUUGACAGGUGUUGAGUGGGGCAAAAGUCUUAAAACAGAAUUCAGCAUGUACGCCAAAGGUAAAGGAGCUGUCGUCCCUUCCGAUAGCCAAGCGAGAGAAAAGUUAGCUUUAUAUGUCUAUGAGUAUUUGCUGCAUGUUGGCGCUCAGAAAUCAGCACAGACCUUCCUGUCAGAGAUCCGAUGGGAGAAGAACAUCACACUUGGGGAACCUCCAGGAUUUUUACACUCAUGGUGGUGUGUAUUCUGGGAUCUGUACUGCGCUGCCCCGGACCGGAGGGAGACAUGCGAACAUUCCAGCGAGGCCAAGGCUUUCCAUGACUAUAGUGCGGCCGCUGCCCCCAGUCCAGUGAUGGGCAACAUGCCACCCAACGAUGGCAUGCCGGGAGGACCGAUGCCCCCGGGCUUCUUUCAAGGUCCUCCAGGAUCUCAGCCUUCCCCUCACACACAGCCCCCCCCACACAAUCCCAGCAAUCCCAUGAUGGGACCUCAUGGACAGCCAUUCAUGUCUCCACGGUACCCUGGUGGUCCAAGGCCCUCCCUCCGUAUGCCAAAUCAGCCUCCUGGGAGCAUCCCCGGGUCACAGCCUCUCCUUCCAAACACCCUGGACCCCACCAGACCUCAAGGGCAUCCAAACAUGGGAGGUCCAAUGAGAAUGAAUCCCCCCCGAGGUAUGGGAGGCAUGGGCCCACAGAACUACGGCGGAGGGAUGAGGCCGCCUCCAAACUCCAUGGGGCCGGGAAUGCCAGGCAUGAACAUGGGUCCCGGUGGAAGAGGUCCAUGGCCAAACCCCAACACCAACUCAAUAGCUUAUUCAUCUUCAUCUCCAGGCAACUAUGUGGGCCCUCCAGGGGGAGGCGGCCCACCAGGAACUCCCAUCAUGCCUAGCCCCGGAGAUUCAACAAAUUCAAGUGAAAACAUCUACACAAUGAUGAACCCCAUCGGCCCUGGUGGAAACAGACCUAAUUUCCCAAUGGGACCAGGUCCUGAUGGGCCCAUGGGUGGAAUGGGUGCUAUGGAGCAGCAUCAUAUGAACGGAUCACUAGGCUCUGGUGACAUGGAUGGGUUGCCAAAGAAUUCUCCCAACAAUAUGGCAGGCAUGAACAAUCCUCCCGGCACUCCGCGGGACGACGGCGAGAUGGCAGGCAACUUUUUAAACCCAUUCCAAAGUGAAAGUUAUUCACCCAACAUGACGAUGAGUGUGUGAUUUUUUUAUUUUAUCUUUUAUUUUACUUUUUCAUCUCCCUUUAUCUCCCUUUCCCAUUGACCCCGGUGCGUCUUGCAUUUCCCUCCGUGUCCUUCCUCCCUCCUCCUCUUCGUGGACGGUGUGCUGCUCCACACAGCCCCUGGGGAUUCCACUGGAAAGCAGGACUCCCCUGAAGGCCCCACAUCCCAACGCCUGCAAAAUGGCUGUAAGGGCAUGAAACGGCCUCCGAGCGGCAGAAGGAACCUCCUCUUCCUUCGUCGAGGGCCCCUCGGACAGUGAGAGGCCGAACAUGCCCCGAGCCCGGCUCUCCCAAAUCCAAAACCAGGCCCGAUUCGGUUCCCGAUGCCCCGCUGCAUUCAGCUCUAUCCCACCAUCACCCACCAUUAUAUCAUGCUGAUCACCAACUAUGAGGGCUCACAGUAGCUGACUGACGCUGGGCCCAACACCCUCAUUUAAAAAACUCUGCUCCUGUGGCAGGAUUGAUUUAAAAAAGGAAAAAAACAAAAACAAAAAGAUGAACUGAUAAUAUUAUUUUAGGGCAAGAAUGGUUUUCAUUAAAUGUUUGUAUUUUUUGCUAUUGAUGAUAAUAUUAUUGUUCUAAUAGUCAUAAUUGAUAUUAUUCUACUAAUGUAGUUAUGAUUUCCUGUAAAGGGCACAUUUUAUCUCAGCAGCAGCAGCAGCAUCAACAAUGACAGAAUAAGCACACACUCGAAAAAUGCACAAUGAUUUUUCUGUUUACAUGAUUUUAGGUUGUUUGUUGUUUUUGUCUUGUUUUUCGUCACUUCACAUACUUCUUUCUGAACUCGUAGUUUGUGUCUUUGGCUCCUAAAUGUUGUCCCUAAACCUUCACAGGAAGACUAAUUGUCCUGAUGAGGUAGUUUGGCUGAGGUGUUCGUACCUCAGAGUGAACUAGCCAUACGGUUAAAGCAGAGACUGGCUCGGAGUGUCGCUGUUUCUGGUACAAAUUGUCUGUUGAUGCACCUGAAUGAUCGGAUGUGUAGGUAUGUCGUCUUAAUAAGCAAACCCUUCUCACAACCGUUUAACUGCUAGAAAAUGGCUCUGAGGAUUUCUGGACAGGUGCCAUUUCUAAUUCAGUAACAUGCAGAGACGGAGAGCAUUUUGUGGAUCCUCUCGUCUCUUCUAUGGAUUUGGUCUUUGUAUGUAAAUACAGCAUAUUUAGCUUGUAUUGUGGUUGUUUUAUGAUUUGUUAUUUACAAGUUGUCUGUGAAUCCUAAAAAUGUGGUUCCUUCCCCCCUUCAUCACUAUGUUCGACCUCGUUGUGGACUCCAAAGUGGCACCGCUUUCCUCUCGGGCUUCGUUCUGGUCUAUUUUCAGCGUCUCCUUUUGGACUCGGAGAGAUCACGGGACCUCUGAUGCGCUCGUGAAACCCUUUUUUCUCUCUUUUUUUUGGACUUUGGGUUGAACUCACAGAUCCUGUUUGAUCCGCUUUCUUAACCCAGACAGUAACUGUCUCUGUGGAGUUUUCCCAUCAACCCGUUCCCCUCAGUAUGGGAGUUCUGAUGAUGGGACCACGCAGCCAUAAAGAAGAGGAACAACAAUAGGAAACUUUUGUAAUGGAUGUAUUUCCAUUUUGUGGAUUGUUUUCAGCAGAUUGUCUUUUAUUUUAAAUGUAUUCAGCUGACGGAAAAAAAAAAAGCCCAUAGAAUCUGUACACAACGAAAAGCAUAGUUCCAUAUUCUGCUAUUUAAUUUGUUUUCUUUCUGUAUGUUCUUGGCCUGAUCAACACUCACUGUUUUCAAAGGGAUAAAUGUAUCUCUCACGGCUCCACGCUUGCUCUCACACGACAGCUGUGUUCAACAAUACCUAAACAAACAUUGUAGCCUCUGUGGGUGAUGGUGAUGUACUUAUUAAUUGCCUGAUAUCAAUGUGAACAGAUUGUACCCAGAAUUCAACAGCGAGAUCUCCAAUAUUUGGCUUUUGGUGGCCUGGGAAUCACUCUCUCCAGUGUUUUCCUUCUAUGUAGUGACACACACCUCCCUUGUUUCCUCCAAACCCGUCCCAAACCCCCACCUUUUGAUUUUUCUUUUUUGUAAAUACUGUAUAAUGCAUUUUGAUAUCAUUGACAUGUUUUGAUAUGUCAGUCACUACCAAUGAAUACAGCUGAAAGUAAAUUAUAAAUAAAAACUGUCCAUGUUUUUUCAUAGAGAAAGGUGACUAUUUGGCUCAUGUGGCUAAAUUUAUAGAAUACAGUUAAACGUGGCUAAGUGUAUAGAAUACAGUAAGACUCUUAAUGCAGACUGUAUACUAAAGACUUGUAUGGGGGGGAGGAUGGGACAGAGAGAGGACAGGACAGAGAGAAGCAAACAUGCUGUAGCGUCCUCACUCUGCCCUUUACUCCUAAUGUUUCAGUUCAAAGUUGCUGUUGGUUUUGAGAAAUCGUGUGAAUAAUUUUUUCCAAAGGGCAUCUUCUCACGAAAACAAAAAACAUGUGACCUCACAUUGCAGUUUUUAAUAUGAAGGAUUUUUAUCGAUUUAAGAAAACUUUUAAAAAGGUAAAAAAUACUUAAAGAGAAACCUCAUUUUAAAUUAAGAACAGAUCAAAAAGUAAUACUUAUGGGGAAAAACUGUGUCCUUUGCUAUUCGCUCCUGUAAUAGCGUUGUAUAGUUUGAAGCUCUCUCACUGAUCCUCUCUCAGUCCUGUGUAUAUCGAUCGUCGGCCAUCUCCUGUACUUCUAUUGUGAUGUAUAAUACUGUACCAUUAGGAAGAUUUGCUGGUUGGGUGGGGUGGGGGAUUCAAAAGGAAAGGGGAUAUAAAUGAUUCUCCUGUACCAUUCAUGGUCCUUUCUGAUGACACGGCAGUAUUCAAUAUGAAGCAGUCUGUCUCUUGGGUUUGCUUUGUAUUUCAUGGUAGGAUAGUUCAGAAUCUUGUCUUAGGGGCUUAGGUGUCUUGUGUAGGUAAUAAAGAUGUUCUUUGUAUGUUUCUUUAUAUUGUAAAGUUUCUUUAGACUGAAAGAAAAACAGAUAAUUUGCUUAUCAGAAAAGAAACAAUGCAUCAAUAAUAAAUGUCAUUUGAUUUUU